UCCUUUCAAAAUGAAGUAUCUCGCUGCUUACCUCCUCCUCGCCCUUGCCGGCAACGAGGCCCCUGCCUCCGCCGACAUCAAGUCCGUCCUCUCCUCCGUCGGUAUCGACGCUGAGGGUGACCGUCUCGAGAAGGUCAUCGCCGAGCUCCAGGGCAAGGACCUCCAGGAGCUGAUCUCCGAGGGCUCUGCCAAGCUCGCUUCCGUCCCCUCCGGCGGUGCUGGUGCCGCUGCCCCUGCCGCUGCCGCUGCCGGUGGUGACGCCGCUCCCGCUGAGGAGAAGGCCGAGGAGAAGGAGGAGGAGUCCGAUGAGGAUAUGGGCUUCGGUCUCUUCGACUAA